AUGGAAACAUGUACGGUUCUGUUGCUGUUAACGGCUAUUACAGCUUACUUACUUUGGUUCACGUUCAUCUCACGGUCUUUGAAGGGUCCACGUGUCUGGCCACUAUUGGGUAGUUUACCCGGCCUGAUUGAGAAUUGUGAACGUAUGCAUGAUUGGAUCUGCGAUAACCUCCGCGCGUGCGGCGGCACGUACCAGACAUGCAUCUGUGCCAUCCCUUUUCUAGCUAGGAAGCAAGGGCUCGUGACGGUCACGUGCGACCCGAGGAACUUGGAGCAUAUACUGAAGACCCGGUUCGAUAAUUACCCGAAAGGACCAACUUGGCAAGCAGUGUUUCAUGAUUUGUUGGGUGAUGGGAUCUUUAAUUCUGAUGGUAACACGUGGGUGUUCCAGCGCAAAACAGCCGCGCUGGAAUUCACCACCAGGACGCUACGUCAAGCUAUGGCUCGAUGGGUGAGCCGAGCCAUAAAGGAUAGGCUUUGCACGAUUUUGAAGAAAGCUGAGGUGCAUGGUGAGCCGGUGGAUUUACAAGAUGUGAUGCUCCGGCUCACUUUUGAUAAUAUUUGUGGUUUGGCUUUUGGAAGAGACCCGCAGACAUGUGCUACGGGUCUGCCUGAAAACGGCUUUGCAGCAGCUUUUGACCGAGCCACUGAAGCCACACUCCAGAGGUUUAUAUUACCUGAGGUGAUUUGGAAGGUGAAGAAAUGGUUAGGGCUUGGUAUGGAAGUCGGCUUGAGCCGAAGCCUUUCCUUUGUGGACGAACACUUGUCAAGUGUGAUUGAGAAGCGCAAAGUGGAAUUGAUGAGUCAGCAGAAAGAUGGCUCACUUCUUCAUGAUGACUUGCUGACUAGGUUUAUGAGGAAGAAAGAAUCUUAUUCAGACAAGUUUCUUCAACAUGUGGCGUUAAAUUUCAUCCUAGCUGGACGUGACACGUCAUCGGUUGCGCUGAGUUGGUUUUUCUGGUUGGUGAUUCAGAAUCCAAAGGUGGAAGAGAAGAUACUAAAUGAAAUAUGCACAGUCUUGAUAGAGACACGCGGUGCUGACAUGGAAAAAUGGACGGAUGAGCCGCUGGGGUUCGAAGAAGUUGAUCGUUUGACUUAUCUUAAGGCUGCAUUGUCUGAGACACUAAGGUUGUACCCUUCAGUGCCAGAGGAUUCAAAGCAUGUGGUGAACGACGAUGUGUUGCCGGAUGGAACCUUUGUUCCGGCCGGAUCAUCGGUGACAUAUUCAAUAUAUUCAGCCGGGAGAUCAAAGACUACGUGGGGUGAGGAUUGCAUGGAGUUUAGACCUGAAAGGUGGUUGUCAUUGGAUGGGACAAAGUUCAUCAUGCAUGACUCUUUCAAGUUUGUUGCAUUCAAUGCUGGUCCAAGAAUAUGUUUGGGGAAGGAUUUGGCAUACCUGCAGAUGAAGUCUAUAGCCGCCGCUGUUCUGCUCCGCCAUCGCCUUGCAGUGGUUCCUGGCCACCGGGUGGAGCAAAAGAUGUCACUCACCUUGUUCAUGAAAAAUGGGCUGUUGGUUAAUGUUUACAACAGGGAUUUGAAAGGUGUUUUUGCAGAUAUACAAAAUGAAAAAGAGGCUGAAAUUCAAGGAAGAGUGUCAAAUGAUUUGAAAUGCAAUGAAAGUUAG